CCGACGCAUAUAGCAAUAACGACAAUAAUAUUAUAUUAUAACUCUUACGAUAAUAAUAUAUGACUUGGAAUUAAUUUUUGUUUUUUGUGUGUUCGUUUUGGAGGCCGUUUGAAAUUUUUUGGCACGGCCGCCGCCGACCGUAAAUAAUAAUAUUGCGAUUGUGGAUUCGUCGCGUCGCUCCAAUCGAGAUCGCGGCGAAAUCGUUUUCGAGAUUUUUAUCGUUUUACGUGCCUUUCUCUAUUACGAUUUUUCACCAAGACGUUUUUGUAUAGUGUUGUGUCCGUAUAUAAUAUAAUAUAUUUACCUAUUCAAUUUUCUACGCGACCACUGUGAUUUAUCUGCUGUCGUGUGUCUAUUAUUUUACUUACCGGCGCGCGCGCAGUAAAAUAUAGUUCGACGCGGCGAUUACUGUAGUCCGUCAUUAAUAUAAUCAUUUUGAUUUUCAGCGUUUCAGAAUUCUUCAGAGUUCAACUUUAAUGCAUACAUUAUAAUACAUAAUAUAUUUAUAUUAUUUAUUAUAUUAUACUUCAUCGAUUUAUUUUUCGUAUAUUUUAAAUAAUAUACGAAAUUAAUUAUCGUUUAAAUUAAAUCGUCGAAUUUGUAUUAUUUCUAACCGAUUUUUGUGUUUCAGGUGUAUAGAACGGAAAACUGCACGACUUGUUUUUUCGACUAACCAAGCUGUAUUGUGUAGCUGCCGCUGGCUUUUCGUCGCAUAAUAAAUCACACGUUUCCACCUUAAUAUCUUACAUAUUAUAUAAUAUACAUAAUAUUAUUAUAUAGUGCACCAAUUCUACACGCUGUCGUACUAUAUUUGUGGAAAUCACUCACAGAGCAGAUUUGAUAUACAAUUAUUAUUUUAUUCGCUAAUCAUUAUUAAUAUUAUUAUUAUUAUUUUUAUUUUAAGCUAUUUGUAUCCGUAGUUGUUUUUCAUUUUACAUAUUAUAUAGUUUCGUAUUUAAUAGCGAUUGAUAUUCAUCUGCAACACUGUUCACACGUCGCUAUUCGUUGGUCUUAUGUUUUUUCAACGAAAACGUUUUGUUUCUGAUUCAGCUGCUGUCUAAUCAGCGGACUUGGCGAUGACGGACCAACAACAGGAACAGUAUGAAGAGCAGCAUAGACGGUGGUACGCUGAGUGGGUCCGGAAGCAAUACGACGGGCCGGGCUGCCGAGCCAAGAUCGUCGGGCGGGCCAAGUACGAGCAGAUAGUGCGUGCGGUCAGGGGCGAGCUGCGGCGCGCGGCCGACAACUCCAAAUUCCGGUUCUGGGUGCGGGCCAAGGGGUUCCGUAUGGGAAGACCGUCGUCGGGUUCUGCAGCAGCGCAAGCAGACGACUUGGACAUUUUGUACGUGGUUGACACCAGGAACGGCGGUACGGCGGUCACGACAUCGGUGCAGACGGGAAGCGGGUCCAGGCAGCAGCAGAACUUCAGCUACAAGAAGGUGGCCGUGGUUGACGAAUUUUUUGAUAUAAUAUACAGAGUGCACUGCAGCGGUGGAGGUGUUUCGGCUCGACACUCGGGACAAAAGCGUACGCAUAGAAUGAUCAUGGAGACGUAUGCUUUUCUACCCAGGGAGGCGGUGACAGCGUUUUUAAUGGGAUGCCCCCAGUGCAGCACCAAUAACCCUACGUCGGCGUCUGCGGUCGACGCGUCUGUUGACAGUUUACAACAGACUCCCCUUUCCGUCACUAAUGCUGAACUUUUUCAAUGCGCUAAGGUAGAACAAUGGUCUUCAUCGACGUUCGCAUGUUCUACUCCGGUAAAACAGAACGAGGAAAGCAGUAGUGCUGUAAAAACGGAAUAUGAUAGUGCACUCUCAACUGUCGUCAUUGAAAUAGCCACAGGGGCCGAUAAGGAGAAUGUUACGGACAAUGAAUGUCACAUCGCUGUGGUUGCUGCGACAAAGGGUGGCAACAAGCGUAAACGUACUGUUCCGUUGAAACGUAACGUUCAGCAGCCUUGCCAAGUCAUAGAAGUCCCCCUCACUACUGCUACCACGACAGCCGGUAACUCAAGCUCGGAUAGUAGCACUUUGAAGAAUAGUAGCAACAGUAGCUGCACGUUGAUAUUGUCAUCGUCAUCGUCGUCGUUGUCAUCCCGUACGGAAUCUUGUAGUGGUGUCAGUAGAUCGAGUGGUGGUUGGUGGUCAAAAUGGGGGGUGUGUAGUAACGGUAGCAGAUUAAGCGUGAGUGUGGGUGGUAGUGAUUUUAGUGGCGUCAACAGUAAUAUGCAACCGUUAGACUUGUCCUCUUCACCACUUUUAACAGUUUCAUCCACGCAAUCGUCGUCUCCGUCCGUAGUCGCAGAUGAUUUUUUUUACAAGCGUAAGCGCGUACGGCGCCGACGUGUUCGACCAAAACGUUUGAACCGAUCGUCAUUAAGUUAUCGUGGAGGUCAUUACGAAGAUGUAGACACAACGGUGAGCGAUUGUGAUGGUGAUUACGUGGUAGUUAAAAAUGGUUAUCGAGAUAGUGAUAAUGGUGACAUUGGUAGUGGUGUUAACGAAGAGGUUGAUGAAAGUAUUACGAACGAACAACAUAACGUGGUGACGGGAGAAAAUGUUGGAGGUGGAGAGAUGAACGAGGAAGAUGAUGGUCCUAAACCUGCUAAAAUUCAGAGAAGAAUGGGUGAAGGAAUGGGUGAUCGUAAAAAUAACAACAACGAUGACGAUUAUUAUGAUAAAGCGGCAUCUGUGGUGACGUUAGCGUUGAAAACAACGGUAGCAGCUAUAAGCUGUUGUAUUGGUGGCAGUGGCCAAAAAGAAACUGAGGACGCUGUAUCCAGGAACAUGGUGAUGGAAGAACCACCGGAGGAGACACCGGAAAUACCAGGGGGAUUCACUGAAAUUGACGGAACCGAAGUGGACAAAUCGGACAAAAACCAAGAAAAGAGUGCAGCUCUUCAUUCGCCUAUAAACAAAAGGAUGAAUGGCACUGGUCACCAUCCUUAUCAUAUGCAUCACACAUCCAGGAGUAUUAUGAAUGGUCUUGCAACGUCUUCAUCAGCAUCAUCACUAUCGAAGUCAUUGGAUACAAUUACUACUAGCAGUAACAGUCACCAUAAUUUCCAUCGGCAUUGGUUAGAUAUGGCAAACGAUUCUGUAAAUAACGCUAAUAUGAUGGACGUGGAUGGAUCGACAGAUGACAACUCUAUGGCGGCCGCUGCAGCCGCGGCUGCUGCUGCUCUACUCUUUAGCCCUCCCUCGUCCGUCGGCAGUGGUAUAUCAUCAGGUGGACCAUUAUCAUCCUUACACCCUAACUCACAUCUUGCGCAUCACCACGCUUUGUCACCACUAGCCCCACUCGCCCUGCCACCUCAUUCGGCUGCGGGUAUUGGGUUGACGCCUGCGCAUCACCAUCAUCACCAGCACAUCCAACAGCAACUACAACAGUAUGCAGCGGCCGCUGUUGCUGCAGCCACCGCAGCAGCCGCAGCUGCGGCUGCUGCGUCCUCAGCUGGUGAUUCAACAUCACCACCCCCGAAUUUGCCGCUAUCUUUGCCCCCUAUGGCGCAUCACUACAGCCAAAACAACAACAUAAGUGGUACAAAUAAACGUCGAAGUACCAGUGGUACUGGCCUGACAGUACAACAACAGUUGUACCGGAGAAGUGGGACUCCUACGUCCUCCACUACAUCAUCGCCAUCACCAAGACUAUUAAAUUCCAAAAAUGACGCUGAUACAACUACAAGUGGUACUGGUUUGCAUGAAAACAGCAGUUUUUCGACAUCCGGACUUCCAACUACUACGACGACUGUGCUUUGGCCGCCUUUGGGCCUACUCACUGCAGCACAUCAGCAGCAUCAUCACAGUAUGUCAUCACCUCCAAAAUUUCAGCAACUAUUUGGUUCGUCGGUUAAUUCUCUGGCCACAGUUACAGCUGGAUCACAAGUUCUACCAUCAUUGCCACCACCACCAAUUUCAUCACCUUCGUCUUCAUAUCGCUUACCAUCCAAAGAAACAAAUGGUAUGGUGGUGACUACCACAAACGGUAUUGUUACUGGUAACGAUAUUGGAAUUGGAACUGGUGCUGAGAAUGUAAUGAACGCAGACGAAGAUGAUACGGCAAUUGAUGACGAAGAAGAUGAAGAAGAUGAGGAAGAUGAAGAAGAAGAAGAGGAGGAUCUUGAUGAUGACGAAAUCGAGGAAGGAGAAGAAGAUGCUGAUGAAGAAGAAGGAGAAAGGAAUGCAGAUGGUGGAGAUGGAAAUGGUACACAAUCUCGGCGAUUGCGCAGGCAACAAGUCAGACGUUUACGACAACUACAGCGUGCUGCUAACGGAAAUAACAAUACAAAUGACGGCACUGAUUCCGGAAUUACUACAAGCUACCGCCAACACUGGCAACAACCUUCUACUACCACAAAUUCUGCCAACUCUCUAUCACAACAGCAACAUCAGCAUUCCAUCGGGUCAUCUUCUCAACAUCAUAUAGAUCCGGAACGUUUAAAAGCAUUCAACAUGUUUGUGCGAUUGUUCGUGGAUGAAAAUUUAGACAGACAGGUGCCUAUCAGCAGACAACCGAAAGAUAAGGUACAGGCGAUUAUUGACUCAUGUGGACGACAGUUUCCUGAACUUUCAGAUAGGUCACGUAAACGCAUCAGGACCUAUUUGAAAUCGUGCCGUCGCAAUAAGCGAAACACGCCACAAUCUGGCGGUGUUGUUUCAUCGUCGCCUCCUCCACCAACUAAUCCGUGGCCAGCAAAUGGUUCCUCUUCUGAUCCAACAGUGCAGCCGCAAAGGCCCACGCCAGCCCAUUUAACAAGUGCCCAGGCUGAAACUAUAUUAGCAGUAGCUUGUCAGCGCGAGUCAGAUAAUGCCCGACGAAUGCGCCUUGGUCUUGAACCCGUUGCACAGCCCUAUCCAUAUUCAGUUGCUUCAACUUCGGCAUCUAAUGUAUUUCAACAACCUGCUGGUACUCUACAAUUAAACCAAAACGGAAAUGGUGGAGCCACAUUGCAAAUGUCGUCGACGUCAUCGGACGAAGACGCUGGUGGAGGUGACAGUAGUUUUGAAAAAACAUCCUCUAAUACUAUUGAAGCUGACACUGAGCAUCGCAACGGUAACGACGAUGCUGAAAACCGUGAUGGUUGUGACCGUCGAGAUGUUAACGAAUCUAUUGAAGGUGGUUCUGGUGGCGAUUCGGGAAAUAUGUCAAACACUGUUAAUGACGAAUUGAACUUGUCUAAUGUGACUUGUGGAGCUAGCGUUACAUCUUCUUCUCCCAAUAAUAAUGAAACUGCUGGACCGACCGACCUAAGUGUUAAUAAAACACCUUCUGCUUCUACCCACAGUAUGGGUACUAGUACUUUGGCUGCUAUUCCACCAGCACCAACAGGAGGUGGAUAUAUGAGCGGUGCUGGUUUUAGAGGUCUCUCUACGACGACAUCAACUACAACAGUUAACCACCGUCGAAUCAGCAGUAACAACUCGUCCUCAACUACUGGUAUGCUACAGUUGUUUCCAACCAUGAACACGGCAUCCAGUAUCUCCAGUGGUACUACGCCCACGCUUCCAAUACAACCCUCGAUGCUUAGCCAAACAACACCACCAGCACAACCAAGUAGUAAACUUUUGAACAAAGCCGACGUGGUAACCGUGAGGCAACUCAUCGCUGGCUACAGGGAAUCAGCGGCUUUCCUAUUGCGUUCUGCUGACGAAUUAGAACACCUUUUGUUAUUACGAGGAUAAUUUCGAUUAUAAGCAACUGUAGAAUAGUCAAUAAACGUGUUGAAUUUUUUUUUUAAUAUCUCUGUUUUCGUGUAAAGUACAAACAAUUUUUAACUAAUUUGUGAUUAUUAAUUUUUUUUUUUUUGUGUGUGCGUGUGUGUGUGCAAAGCAUAGUCAAAAUUGAAAAUCUAUCGUUGUGCAUAGUGUACGAUUUGUUAUUACUUCUUCAUUAAUUAUAAUAUUGAUGAAGAGGAGGAUGACAUAGAGUGUACCUGUGGCACAGGAUAGGUUUAUAUUGACGUGCACUAUUCAUAUUAUAUUGUUAUUGGAGUGAAAAAUAAACGUAACAUAAAUAUUAUAGUAUUAUGACUAUUAUUAAAUAUAUAUAUUAUAUAUUACUAUUAUUAUUAUUAUUAUUAUUAUUAUUAUUAUUAUUAUUAUUAUUAUUAUUAUAUCAUUAUCAAAAUAAAAGUAUUGGAAAAUAUAAUGAAUUUGAUUUAUUUAAAACUUUAAUUACUGUUAUUUGUUAUUAUAUAACUUAUAAGUUAAACCUGUAAAAUUAUGAACUAACAUGGGACAAAUUAGUUAAUAAUACGUUAUAGACAUUAUCUAUAUGUAAGCAGUUUAACGAUUCUCUUAGGUAUCCAGUAGGUAAUUGUUUAAAAUUUUCAGAAAUCAUAAAAUAACAUUAUAGUUAUAAUGAAAUUAAUUUAUUCAUGUAUAAGUUUGUUAAUUGAAUUUCUUUUUACAUUUUUAACCAUAUAUUGGAGUGGAAUAGACACUUCAUCCCAUUAGUUUAAUACUUGACGUAUUUUAUGCAUUGUAUAAUACUUAAUAUUAUAAUAAUGUUGUCCAAUUCAAGAAUGGUUCUAUUAAAUCUCUUUUCAAAUCCAAA